AUGUCCAAACGUCCGCCGCCACCAAUAUACAAUGAUAUAGCUGAAACGAUUGGCAACACUCCAAUAGUUCGUUUAAACAUUUCCACCACUAGUUCUGAUACGUCUCUAUCAACAUUGAAUAAUAUAGAAUUCUUAGCCAAAUUAGAAUAUACAAACUGUUUGUCGGGAAGCAUUAAAGACCGUGUAGCCAAAAAAAUAUUACUUGACGCUGAAAAAUCCAAUAAAAUCGGACCAAAUUCAACUUUAAUAAUACCUACAAGUGGCAAUCUUGGUAUAAGCAUCGCACUUUUGUCUCAAAGAAAAGGAUAUAAAACCAUCGCACUUGUGCCGGAACGUACAAGCAUCGAUCGUAUUCGUAUUUUAAAAUCAUUAGGAGUUGAAAUUAUAAGAACACCAAAUGAAGCUAGACCUGGAUAUGCGGAAAUGACUCUUAUAUCUCAAAAGGAACAAAAAGUUGAGGAUAUUGGCAAUAAUUUCACACCUUCUAUUUUGGAUGUUUCUCUUAUUGAUGCAUGGGCAAAAGUCAGCGAUAAAGAAUCAUUUACUAUGACAAGAAAAUUGAUUAGUGAGGGAUUUAUGGCUGGAUCCGUUGCUAGUGCAGCCUUAUCUUAUGCGCAGAAGAAUGUUCUUCCAGACACUAAAGCGCGUAUACUUUGUAUUUUGAAUGAUACAGCAAGAAAUUAUUCUAGUACUUUGUUAUCAGAAGAUUGGCUUUUAGAAAAUGACUUGAUGGAUGAGCAAACUAUCCAGAAGCUUGAGUACCAAAGAAUUGAAAAAUAUAGAGCGGCAAGCGUAGAAGAUCUCCAAUUACCAGCGGCUGUUACUGUACUCCCUAAUGUACCAGUAGCCCAUGCACUUGAUCUAAUGGUUGAAAGGGAAUUUUCACAGUUACCAGUGACCGAUUCGCAUCGUAAACUUCUUGGUUAUGUAUCAUUAACGUCUCUUCAAGAUAAGUUAGACUCAGGUGAUGCAACCUUAACAGAUGAAGUUUCCAAAUGGAUGUUUACCUUUGGAAAUAGAAAUUCGCAAAAUCAAAUACGCCGCCAAACGUAUCAAAUAAUCACACCUGACACACCAUUAGAUGAAUUAGCAAAGUUUUUUGAGAAACAUAGUUUUGCCAUUGUUACAGAUAGUGAAAGGAAAUGGGCUCUAGCUGUUACAACCAAGAUGGAUUUGAUUCGUUUUUUACGCCAUAGGUAA